UAGCUCUCCCGAACAUUGAGUGGCCAGUCUGGCAGCGCGCUCAGGAAGAUUAAAGCGGGGGCGGGCGGUCAAACACGAUAAAUUUAAUAAGAAAAAAAAUGAUAGACCUCACGGAUAAUAAUUAUACAAACAUGAAGUAUUUGUUAUUACAAAACGCGGAAAAUUAUUGGCAGACGAUUUCGUGGAAGAGAAAUGGCCGGCAGACUGCAACAAAGUGGCGGUAAUAUAUGUGACAAAAAAACGAUAAACCUCAUGACUAAAAAUUAUUGGAAAUGAUUACUGAGUUAUUAACUAAACUAUAUGCUGAAUGGCAGACGAAAAAAUGGAAGAUAACAUUGAGGCAGACAGUGAUGAAGAGCGCGGUCUCGAUCGCACUUAACGAGUUGGUUCCGUACAAUGCGGUACGACGAUGUUAUUUAGUUAUUUAUAUGAAUAUAUUAAGUCUUUCUUUUUUCAGUAAUGGAUUUAUUUUGUUAAUUCUUUUAUUGCGAAAAAUAAAAUUGUUUAUUUAUUAAUAAAUAAAUAAACAAUAUAAUAAUAUUGAAUUUAAAUGGUUACUAAUUAAUGUCAUAGAAUUUUUGACUGCAGUUGAAAAAUGUAUGAACAUUUUUCGAUUAAUUUUAAAAUAAUAUAUAGAGUUUUUAAAAGAUUGAGAGAUUCGAAAAUUAUAUUCGCAAAUUCAACGCAGGUAUAACAGCCGUUUGAAAAGGGAUCCCAGCGGCCGAGAAACGGCCGUAUGGUAGGGGGGGUUGGCGAAGGUCGUUCAUUAGACGAGGGUUCAGUGUAUUCCAAAACUCAACAGUGAACAGACGUCUCUCGUAUUGUGCGGAAUUUUAUUUUUCUUCAGUAGCAUCAGCUGCGUAUCGGGCCGAAUGUUAUUUUUCUUGAAAUUCUACUGAACUCGCAAAAUGAGUUUAGAACCAAAGUGUGUGUUUUGCAACAGUGAUAGUGAAAAUAAAAUCACGUUUUUCAAUCAUGACGUUUUGGAAAAAUGCAGACAUAUUUUGAAAAUUCUUGUGACUUGUAAGCUAAAGUAUAAUGAAGUUCAUUUACCGGGAUCACCGAAUAAAAUCGACGGGUACCAUACGAAUUGUUACAGUAAUUUCACUGCUGUUAAAAGGAAUUAUGUUGACAAAUAUAAUGCAUUGAAUUUACCAGAGCCUGAUCUCCCUAAUGACGAAUCAUCUUCUGCAAGUCAAGCUACACUGUCUUGUCAACCAAGCACGAGUUCGUCAGCUAAUAGUGAAUCGACUGCUUCGUCAUCUGAGAGUCAAAGUACACUGCCUUGUCAUUCCAGCACAAGUAACGAAAAUGUUCAAAACUUGGAAGAAGGAGUAGAUAGCGACAAUGUAGUUUGUUUUUUUUGUGAUAAAUCGCGUAAAAUUCACAACUACAAAGUAGUUCCAAUUGUCAAAUGUGAUUGUAAAUUGCCAAUAUUAAUCGAAAAAAUCGUUACACAUGCCAUUGCUCUAAACGAUAAACAGAUAUUAACUAAAAUUGAAAAUGCCCGGUCGAAAAAUGUCAUUUCUUAUCACAAUAUGUGUAAAUUAAAUUAUUUUAAGCAAAUUGUAUCUAAACCUAUUCAAAAAUCAGAGUGGCAUGCUAUACGAGAUAUUCAUGUCAUAAUCGACAAUGAAAUUUAUGAUUUAAUAUCAAAUAAUACGAUAGCAAACAAGGAGUGCUAUUCAUUGAAAUAUCUUGUUGAGUAUGCCAAAAAUGCUUUGUAUAAGUUAGGUGUAGAUAAUUACGAAUCUUACGAAUCAAGCUUAACGAGCACUUAUUUGUUAGAGAAAUUAAAAAAAAAAUUUGGCGAUGAGUUGCAAGUGAUAACGUUUUACAAUCACAAAAUUAUUGCAGCAAGAGACGGCUCUGUGAUUACAAGUUCAACUUUCAGCGAGUGUGAGGAGCUGGAAGUAUUAGAGCGUGCGGCAUUUAUAUUAAAAAAAACAAACUGUUGUCGAUUAAAGCUCAGCCUUUGUCAGGAAAUAUAACAGCACAAGAUUGAAUGAAGGGGGAAUGCGAAAUCCCCGCUGAUCUUUCGCAAUUUUUACGGUCCGUGAUUUGCGGGAAUGAUCCAAGAACUUCAAAAAGUGGCAACUGUGCCCGCAAAGUUAAGUCUAUCGCGCAAGAUAUUAUUUACGCAGUAAGCCACGGAAAAAUUAAAACUUCUAAGCACAUAACGCUUGGAAUGACAUUAAAAAGCAUAACAAGCAGUAGGAAAGUCAUAGAUAUAAUUAAUAAAUACGGACACUGCUGUAGUUAUAACAUUAUCGAGGAAUUAGAAACGGAAGCUACGUUUGCUUCUUGUAGUAAAUCGAGCAUUUGUCCCGAAGAUAUUCACUUAGCGCCUAAUUAUUGUACAGGAGUAGCCUUCGACAAUUACGAUAGAUUCGUUGAAACUUAUAACGGCUCUGAUACCUUGCAUGAUACUGUAGGUAUCAUUUACCAAAAUAUUGAUGCAAAUAUUAGUAAUGUGCAAACGUGCGAAAUAGAACGUGCUGUAAAUGAGCCUCUCGCUAAAAGGAGACGGACGUUUGACGCUAUAUGUCCGGAUAUUCAAACUUACGCAAAAAAAAACAAAAAUGACUGACAAAUUGCUGCCCAUUGAUAGCGAACUGCGUACAAUUAAUAACAGUAAUUACAAUUUUUACGAAAAGCUAGAUGUAAUGUGGGUUUUAUCUCAUCAUUUAAAAAUUGCAAACACGCCAAUGUGGGUUGGGUUUAAUAGUAAGAUCGUUGUAGAUGAAUCAAUGAAACAAAAAGUAUCAUACCUUACACCAAUCAAUGCCUCGCCGACAAAUAUUUCCGUUGUAUAUGAAACGAUGCGUCAAAGUCAACGUAUUGCCGAAGAGUUGCAACAACAAUAUAUUGAAGUCACUUACGAUUUAGCGAUAGCUAAAGUUGCUUAUCAAAUUCAAUCAGCUGAGUAUCCGCAAUUUAGUAAUUUAUUUAUUCAUCUUGGCGCAUUUCAUAUAAUGAUGGCUGUUGGAAAAUUUAUAAAUGAGUGCGGGCUCACUUAUAUUAUGGUAGAAAGCAGAUUAUUAGCUUCCGGUUCGGUUAAUGGCUUCAUCAGUGGCAAACAUUUUAACCGAUGUAAACGUUUACAUCCCUUAGUGUCGCUAGGUUUGCAGGUUUUAUUAUUUGAAGAUUUUGUAACGAAGCAAAAUAUCAGUAUAGAAGUAAGUGUAACCGAAGUCGUAAAAGAAUUUCAGUCUAAUCAGAUUUCAAACUCUAAAAUUACAAAUGCAACUCUCGAAAAAUUGUUAGAAGAUUUUUUAGAUUAUAAAAAAAAAAGCAUUAAAUGGAGACUUCGGAAAAACGCCGCAGUACUAUGUUAAUUACAUUAAUUUUGUAGAUUAUUACUUAAUGUUUACGCGCAGCAUCCGCAUUGGUGAUUUUGAACUGUUCAAAGAAGUCAUUCCAAAAAUGGCUAAUUUGUUUUUUAUGUUCAAUCAAGGCAACUAUUCUCGGUGGUUAUUAAAAUACCACGACAAUUUAUUAAAAGUUGAGGAAACACAUCCAGAUUUAGCAAUUCAAUUUAAGAAUGGGUAUUUCGGUGUCAAAAGAACGAAUAAAAAGUUUUCUAGAAGUCCUGUAGAUUUGACACUUGAGCAAACAGUUAACGCGGAUGCUGCAAGACGAUUAACCGGUGUAACGCAUUUUACGAAUUCGAUUAAUGCUCGUCAAAGAUGGUCAAAAAGCCACAGCAUUCGAUCAACACUAAUAUCGUAUACCUACGAAGAAAUUGGUUUAAAAAAAGCGCAAGAUAUAACCGGCGAUUUGGAAAAACACCAGAUUAAGAAAGAUUCUGUUCAGUUACAAAACUUCAUUAAGUUAUUAAAACAAAAUUUUAAUCCAUUUAAUUCUGAAAGUAUAGAAAGUAAUUUUUUGUAUAACAUUGCUACUGGACGAGCAGCUUCUGAAGAAGUUACCAACUUCUUAUUGAAAGCGGAACAAAAUGGCAAUGCAUAAAGAGAAAUUUAUUUCUGAAUGCGUAGAAUCGGGAGAUAGAUUUGAAGCUACAAUAAAACAAAACAAAAUACUCAAUUUUGCAAAUUCAACCGCAAAGAAAAAAAUACAAAUAAAUAAUAAAGUUCAAGAGGUGAGAUUGCAACGCGAUUUAUGUGGCCGCAUGUUAGCUAUUUCAAUGAAUGAAAAUACUAAUAUAGAAAAAAUUCUUACAUUUCCAUUAACGCCCGUUCCGAUGUCUCUGUGCCAUUUAGAUGGAUCAAUAUUCAAAACCGAUAAAUCAGUUUUAAUGAAGCUGUUAGAAAAUGACGUGAAAAGCGUAGCUCCGACACACACGGACGUUUGUUUGAUCGACGGUUUUUAUUUAGUACACAGCAUGAAAGACAUACCAAAAACGUUCGGAAAUAUAUCUAAAAAAAUAUUGCAGAUGGUAACAAAUAAUAAUAAAGCUCGAGAAAUACACAUUAUUUUUGAUAGAUAUUUCACUCCCUCAAUUAAAGAUUACGAAAGAUCGCUUCGAGGCGGUAACGGUGAUGAGCGUGCGUACGUAAUUUCUGGGCCUGAUCAAACGAGACCCGUAGAUUUUGUCAAAGAGCUUAGAAAUAGCAAUUUUAAGGAAGCUCUUGUGCAUUUUUUAAUUGUACAUUGGCAGAGUUCAGAAAUGAUACCAUUUUUUGAAAAUAAAACAGUUUUACUGAACUUUGAUCAGUGUUAUGAAUAUAAAGUUUAUAAUGAAACUGUUUUAUUUUCGAUAAAUGAUAUGUAUACGCUACAAGGUCAUGAAGAAGCUGAUACUAAAAUAGUUUAUCACGCGUGUAAUAUUCCGGAAGAAGCUAACAUUAUAAUAAAAUGUUCCGACACGGACAUACUUAUUAUAAUGCUAGCUAAUAUGAAUCACCUAAAAAAAAAUAGCAAAGUUUGGAUUCAAACCGGUAUUUUAAGUAAACAGCGUGUAAUUGACGUGUCGGCCCUGUACAAUAGACACGGCGAAUUAUUUUGUAAAUCAUUAACAGGGUUUCAUGCGCUGACUGGGUGUGAUUUUAACCCAGCUUUUUUUAGGAAAGGAAAACAGCGUCCUUUAAAAAUAUUAAUAUUAAGCGAACAAUGUCAAAGCGCAUUUGCUGAAUUAGGCAGUGAAGAUUGCGAUAGAGAGAGUGUAUACCGAGAAAUUGAAAAAUUUGUAUGUUCAAUGUAUGCGAUGAAAACUGUUGAAUCUGUAAAUAGUGCACGCUUUUCGCUUUUUUAAAAAAAUUAUAAAGUAAAGGACGUUAACGAACCGUUUCAAAAAAAAAGCUACAAAAUUUUGACGCUUCAUCGAUACCGCCUUGUGCAGCUGAAUUAAGACCGCAAUUCUUGAGAGCAAUGUAUAUCGCUAGAUUAUGGAGCCAUGCUCACAAAAAAAUUCCAACAUCUUUGGUACCAGAAGACUGCGGAUGGGUUAUAAUCGACUCUAAAUACCAAUUCCAAUGGUUCGAUGGACCGCAGAUGCUAUCUACUGUUAAAGACGUUGUAAUUGAUCAAGAUCAGUCUGAAGCGGAUAUUGAUGAAAUCGAAUCUGAAGAUGAGGAUACUGAUUAUGAAAGCGAAGAAGAUAUGCAGUAUGAUGAGUCCAAUGAAAACAGCGAAAUUGAAUAAAUCAUAAAAUUUGUAUAGUGUUGUUUUGUUAAUAAAAAAAAAUAAAAAUUUAAAA